AUGACCUCCCGCACCGCUUCAACUGAAGUGCUGAGCGACAGUGAAUUUGUUGAUGCCCAUAACGACGACAACCCCAUCAACGAAAACUCCAAUAAACCCAAAUCUAUACACGACUACCUACAAGACAUACAAACACUUACACACAAAAUCACUACCACAAUCAACGCCGGGAAGAGUGUAACUGCUGAAAAUAAGAAGGCUAUAGUACAGUACGCUGCGGACAUCAAAGGUAUCGCAAAACAAAUUCAUACACUUGAUGAAGCCAACACAACCCUUACAAACAUCAAAGAGGACAUAAAAGUUACCAUUAGGGAGGAGAUUUCCAAAACCAAGUUGAACACAAAUUCAGACCCAGACACUAAACCCCCCACUAAUACCAGAAAGUCCUACGCUGCUGUGGCAAAAAUCCAAAACAGUAACAACAACAAGGGGAAAAAACCGAUUCCAAAACCUGUAACUAAACCCGCACUUAUCGUCGCCUCCUCUGACGCUGAAACAACAUCUAAAGACGUACUGGCCCUGAUAGCACUAGAAAGAGUCAACAUCGAGUAUCAAAGAGUACACCUUGAGAACCUAUCUCCCUUCACCCAGUGCUUUGCCUGCCUGCAGUUCGGGCACACCCAGAGCAGGUGCACGGCAAAGAAAACACCCUGCCGCUUCUGCGCCUCAGAGGAACAUCAAUCUAAAGAUUGCCCAAACAAACAGAACCCAAUAGCAGCUAAGUGUCAUAACUGCCACAGUAACAACAACAAGUACAAACAAAACACUGACACUGCGCACUUUGCUACAUCAAACCAGUGCCCAGUAGUCAAAAAACUCCGAAACGAAAUACUGGCCAGGGAACCAUACGUCGGAAACUCCACUACCGUCAAGAACAUCCCAGACUACAAUAUAUACCAGUUUCCUGAUAGUACACAAACUGAAGCAGCAGUCAAAGCCGCCAUCAUUGUGAAAAAGAAGCUUGGCUCCACCAUAGGAAUAAGCCAACAUUCGACCACCAACCUUUCCACAGUACAACUAAAGAUCAAUGGCAAAAACAUCCACAUCACCAGCGCAUAUGUCGAACCCAACAAUGACACCUACGACACAUUGAACAAACUCGAUAGCUAUCUAAGGGAAACACGUGACAUACCACAUCUUAUUGGUGGAGACUUCAACGGAUGGAACACGAUGUGGGGAUCCUCUAAAAACAACAAAAGAGGCAAUGAGCUAAUCAACAUGUUUGUCAGCAACGACUUAGCCAUCUGCAACACUGGUAACUCCCCCACAUUCUCAACAAUCACACACGGAACAAGUCGCCAAUCUAUCAUCGACCUCACACUCGCCAGCGAAAGUUUAGCUUGCAGAAUAAACCAAUGGACAGUGGACACAAGUAAGGCAGUAUGCCCAUCAUCACAACACCAUGCAAUCCAAUACCGACUCGAACUCCAUCAGCUGCCACCUAAGAAUAAAACACAAACUACAUUUAAAUACCACACCAAGGAUGCUGACUGGGAUAGCUUUGCACACCAGCUCAACAUCAACAUGAACCGAGCCAACCUCACCGAUGCGACCAUCAUAAACACCCUCAAUAAAGACCAACUUGAAACAUACAUCCAUAAAAUCACCAAGACCAUACAAGACACCUGCGAUAAAAAACUACCAACUAAAAGCAAGUAUCGGACACACGCACCCUGGUGGACGGAAGAGCUGGAGCAGCUCAAAUUACAACUUAUCCAACUCCACCACGAAAUCAGCAAGCACAAACACAGAGGGUUACCCCUUGAUGCACUAAUUAAUGAAAGGGAUGAAAAGGCCAAAGAAUAUUCCACCACCAUCCGCAGCACAUCCACCGCACACUUCAGAGAAUUCUGUAAUCGACAAGGAAAGGAAAACGUAUGGUCACUCACUAACAGACUCUUAAAGAACGCCCCAGCACCAAAGCCACCAGCCACAAUGCGCAUCGACGGCAAACACACCACUAGUGCCCAAAGCACGGCAGCAGCACUUCUUAACAAAUUCUUCCCGGACGAUACUGCGGACAAUAUGGCACAGGCUGACAUCAGAAACACCACACACACUGCACCGAACACAACAGACGAUCCCCCAUUCACGGAAAAUGAAGUUAUUGCUUGCCUUCAAACCAUGAACCCUAAUCGCGCACCAGGAACAGAUCACCUAACGUCUGACAUCUGCCUGACGUUCGCCCAGACCUUCCCUACUAUCAUCACGGGAAUAAUGAACAGAUGCCUCGAACUGGAAUAUUUCCCGAACACCUGGAAAACUGCCUUCAUCAAAAUAAUCCCGAAACCCAACAAAACCGACUACACGGACAUGGCCUCCUUUCGACCCAUCGGACUAAUUAACGUGCUCGGUAAAACACUAGAAAAACUCAUAGCCAAAAGAAUAACCUACCACUUGGGAAUAACUGAAUCAAUGAACCCGCGACAAUUCGGCUUCAAAGAGCAGAAAUCGACAAUUGAAGCACUACACACAGCAAUCGGUAUCAUCAACACUGCCAAGAAGACCAAAAAGCAAACACUGGCAGUAUCCCUGGACAUACAGGCCGCCUUCGACAAUGCUUGGUGGCCUGCACUUCUCAACAGACUCCGUAAAACCAACUGUCCCAGAAAUAUAUACCUACUUAUCAAUAACUACAUAAACAACCGACACGUACGCAUGCACUUCGCAGACUCUGAAGCCACAAAGCUGAUGACUCGCGGAUGUAUCCAGGGAUCUGUCCUCGGCCCACUUAUCUGGAACCUCAUAUUAGAUGAUCUUUUGGAAACUGAGCUACCUGACGGAUGCUACAUUCAGGCCUAUGCUGAUGAUGUACUCAUGAUUGCACAGAGCAACACCGUUAACAACCUUGAGACCAUAACCAACACAGCACUCAACAAAAUAUAUACAUGGGGACAAGAGGUGAAACUCCGCUUUGGCCCCUCCAAGACCCAGAUGGUAGCGUUCACACCCAAGGCCAAAAACGCUUGCAUACAAAUGCACGGCCAAACAAUCAAAUUUCAAGAUGAAUUGAAACUCCUUGGAGUAAUUAUCGAUAAGAAACUUACGUUCAUCAAACACAUCCACCAUGCAACGAGCAAGGCCUACAAGAUAUACAACAGCCUCUGUAAAUUCAUACGCCCCACCUGGGGAAUACACUCGGAGAACGUGCGCAUAAUAUACAAACACGUAAUACAACCAAUUAUAACAUAUGCAGCAGGUAUAUGGCAUACAGCCACCAACUAUAAACACGUCAGAAUGAAACUUAAAUCGUUCCAAAGGGGCUUCGCCAUAAAGGCUAUUCGCGGAUUCCGUACCAUCUCUGGCACUGCGGCAAUAGCGCUUGCCGCCUUUACACCAUUACACAUCAAAAUAAACGAGGUGGCAUCUGUCGAAACCGCCAAACUCACCGCGCGAGCCACGCAACUACCCGAAGAUAUCACUCUCGAGCGACCCUCUGCACCACAUGAGCUGCUGCACCCAUCGGAAAGGGUCCACCUGGACAUACCUAGUGCAACUACACAACAGGACACGACCCAGUUCUACACCCCCGGAGUGACCACCAGGAUAUACACUGACGGUAGUAAGCAGGAUGGUCUGGUGGGCGCCGCCUUAGUCAUAUACUCUCCGAAUAACGACACGAAGGUUAAGAAAUAUAAACUUCACGACACCUGCUCUGUAUACCAGGCGGAACUGCUGGCCAUCGCUGAAGCCUGCAGCUGGAUUGACCAACAUCAUACACCUGACACAACAAUCUUCACUGACUCCAUGAGCGCCACUCAGGAAAUAUCUAACCCUAACAGCACCAACCCUUUCGUGGUUCAUAUCCACAAAAUGUAUCGUCAAGCCAUUAAACACAGUAGGAAAAUCACUUUUGUGUGGGUCAAAGCCCACGUAGGCAUUGACGGCAAUGAAGCGGCGGAUGUCGCUGCGAAAGCAACUGCCACACAUGCAGCCUACAAACAUACACAAUUCCCCAUAAGUCUUAUACGGUACAUGGCCAAACAGAACAGUCGCCUCGAAAGUGACACAACAUAUGCAACUGGCGAAAAAGGCCAGUAUACACGAAACCUACUACCGAACACUGACGCUAUCAACAAGCUGCGCGCGGCCAUUGAGAUUGAUUUCCCGUGGACCCAAGUCCUCACUGGCCACGGGUACUGCCGUCAAUAUUUACACAGAUUCAAAAUCAGUGACACGGACAAAUGCCCGUGCGACCCACACACUACCCAAACUUUUGCACACCUUAUACAAAAAUGCCCCCGCUUCGCCGCUUCCAGGCAUAAACAUGAAGUCAUGUGUCACCAUCACGAUGUUGAGGAAUACAAUAUCGAUCAACUAAUUGAAAACGCAAACUGCAUUAAGACAUACAGCACACUUAUACAUGACAUUGUAUACCAACUUAAGGGUAUAACACUCCACAACCCGCGGUACAAGACGGACUUUCACAACUUUGAAUUCACUGCCGUCACCACGAUAACACUGUACAUAUUCUUCUUUUCAUUUGUAAGUACUUGGGUUAACUAA